AUGACUUAUAUCAUUAAUAUUCCUGCACCAACUAUAGCAUUUGAUCCAAACUCGACGGUUUGCAGUGUACCUUUCAUAAAUGACAGUUCAUUAAUUACUUUAAGGGAUUCGACAGUAAAUGAAUCAUUAAAGGCGUCAUUAAUGAAAAUCAUUGAUUUUAAUUCAUUCAUGAAUACAUAUAAUUCAUUCAUUAAUGUUUCAUAUGCUUCUAAAGAAGGUGAGCCAAAAACUAUCGAUAAAGCGGUGUAUGAAAUAAAAGCAUCAACGACGAAAUUGAAUUCGUUAACUUUUGACGGUGAUAGUUUCGUUAAUGACAUAACAUCAGGGAAAACAAUUUUAACGAAAGAAUAUUUAAAAUCUCAUGUUAGUGAGUUCGUUGAAAUUGAAAAAGAAGGUGGAAUUAAGUUCGAUCCACUGAAUUUCAUUUUCAGCUUAGCGAAUGCGGGUGUUAGUUUCGCUGAAUGGACAACUAUACAGAGUGAAAUAAAUGCAAUAUGGACGUUUUUGGGUGAGCUUGUAAAUGCUGCAAGAACAUUAGGUGAAACAGGAAAUUUUGUAGAUGGUUUUAAAAGACUUGUUUCAAAUGUUUUAACAAACACAAAGAAAUUAUUUAGAUAUACCGUACAUAACGGACGGAUUUUCGAACAGAUAGCAACAAACCCUCCGGGUAUGGAUGCGUUGAUGAUGGUUAGAGAUAUAAAACCACGUAACGACGGGAACGAAGAACAUGAACAACAGGAUACUGGUCGGGUUAUUCGAGACAUUAAAAACGUGUAUCCUGAAGUUAUUGAUUUAUUUAGAGGAGUUAAUGAUUCAAUUUCAAAACAUUCUAUAACCCUCGAUGAAGAGAAUAAAUUAACAGAUUAUAUAUUCGUCAUUAUUGCAGAACUAAUGAAGAGAAUAAAUGAAAAAGGUAUAGCUGAUAUCAUUAAUGUCAGCGAUGUAAUGAUGAAAAGAAAUUUUGACUCAUUAUUUACAAAACCGAAAACAGAAUAUAGUCUUUAUGAUGUAAUUACGGAAUUAAUGAAAAAGAUUAAUGAUAAUAAGAGUUCUGGCGGAAGA